UCGGCGCGCACCUCUACUUCGUGCCACCUCUACCUCCUCGAUCAGUCGACCCCGUGCAACGCGGCUCGCCGGCCGCCGCGCGAUACCAAACCCCAGUGUGCCCAGCCUCGUGUGAUCUUCUCGAGACGCAUCCUCCAAACGAGACCACCAUCCAUCCCCUAAAACCUCUCCGCGAACCACAUCGAGUGAAGCUCUUUAGCUCCAAGCGGUUUACCAAGAUAUUCCUGAAAGGCAAGGCGCGACGAAGGUGCUAAAAUAAAAAGGUGCUCAAGGGCGCGCGUGCGUGUGCUAGCUGGUGCGUGUGCAGAAGGUCACGGUGAACCCCUAGGAGGAGCACAGGUGUCUAAGGUUGCGGCCGCAGACCUGGAACCGGCGGGCAACACGGUCGCGACGUGGAUAGGGGAGAGAAAGUGUCCGCGUGAAAGGCCGGGUUCCCCGCUAACUUGUUGAGUCUCUCAGCAGGUGUGCCAGCCGGAAGCCAGGGGCACGCACGCGAUGGCUGAGAGGCUGCCCGCGCUGAUCCUGCUCACCCUGCUGGGCUCGGCGAGGGCCAACGUCGCCUCCCAGAGGAACGGCAACGUCCACAACGAUCCCCUGGUGGUGCAGACGACCAGCGGCCUGGUGCGCGGUUUCUCGCGGACAGUCGUCGAGAGGGAGGUCCACAUCUUCUACGGCAUCCCCUUCGCUAAGCCGCCUAUAGGUCCGCUCAGGUUCCGCAAGCCCCUGCCCAUAGAGCCCUGGCACGGCAUACUGAACGCCACCGUGCUGCCCAACAGCUGCAUACAGGAGAGGUACGAGUACUUCCCCGGCUUCCCAGGCGAGGAGAUGUGGAACCCCAACACCAACAUCUCCGAGGACUGCCUGUACCUCAACAUCUGGGUGCCUCAGAAGCUCAGACUCAGGCACAAGGGAUCGGAACCCCCUAACAAUAGGGACAAGAACGGCGUUCCUCUCCUGGUCUGGAUCUACGGGGGAGGAUUCAUGACUGGCACCGCGACCUUGGACGUUUACGACGCUGACAUCAUGGCUGCCACCAGCAACGUGAUCAUCGCCUCUAUGCAGUACAGGGUCGGCGCCUUCGGGUUUUUGUAUCUGAACAAACAUUUCGCCAACAGCGAGGAAGCUCCGGGCAACAUGGGCUUAUGGGACCAGGCGCUGGCGCUAAGGUGGCUCAGGGAUAACGCCGCGGCGUUCGGCGGUGACCCUGACCUGAUCACGAUCUUCGGCGAGUCCGCUGGCGGCAGCUCGGUUUCCCUGCACCUGAUAUCACCUGUCACCAGGGGACUCGUGCGCAGGGGGAUUCUACAGAGUGGCACGUUGAACGCCCCGUGGAGCUACAUGACCGGCGAGAAGGCGAACGAGGUGGCCAGGGUGCUCGUCGACGACUGCGGCUGCAACUCCACCAUGCUGCAGGAGAACCCGGCCAAAGUGAUGGCGUGCAUGAGGUCCGCGGACGCCAAGGCCAUCUCUGUGCAGCAGUGGAACAGCUACUGGGGGAUACUGGGAUUCCCCUCCGCGCCCACCAUCGACGGCAUCUUCCUGCCCAAGGACCCCAUCGAGCUCCUGCAGGAGGCUGAUUUCAAGGACACCGAGAUACUCAUCGGAAACAACGAGAACGAGGGGACGUAUUUCAUACUGUACGACUUCAUCGAUUUCUUUGAGAAGGAUCAGGCGAGCUUCCUGGAACGUGACAAGUUCGUGACUAUCAUCAACACCAUCUUCAAGAACAUGUCGCAAAUCGAACGGGACGCUAUCACUUUUCAGUACACCGACUGGGAGGAGCUGAACAACGGAUACAUGUACCAGAAGAUGAUCGCGGACGUGGUCGGCGACUACUUCUUCAUCUGCCCGUCGAUACACUUCGCGCAGUUGUUCGCGGACAGAGGGAUGAAAGUGUACUACUACUUCUUCACGCAGAGGACUAGCACGAAUUUAUGGGGCGAGUGGAUGGGGGUGAUGCACGGUGAUGAAGUGGAAUACGUGUUCGGUCAUCCCUUGAACACUUCUUUGACCUACAGCGACAAGGAACGGGACCUAUCCCUCAGGAUGAUAAGCUACUUCUCUCAAUUCGCCUACUCGGGUAAACCAACGAUCGAGGAGUCCGAGUGGCCGCCAUAUUCGAAGGACGAGCCGAAGUAUUUUCUUUUCGACGCGACGAAGACCGGUCUGGGGAAAGGACCUCGCACCACGUCCUGCGCGUUCUGGAACGAGUUUCUGCCCAGGCUGAAGGGUGUGCCAGACCCAGCGCCGGAAGCCUGCAACAGCGCAGUGGCCAUAGUGUCAUCAGCGUCGAGGGAGUUGUGCAACUGGCUGAUGAUCACGGGCCUCUCAUCGAUCCUGUUGCUCCCCAGAGUGAUCUAAACCGAUCGAUGGGACCCGGGCCCGUGUCGAUCAACCCUUUUCCGACAGCCGACAAUCCGUUCGUUCGAACAUCCGCGCGCGGGGAUCACCACGGGGUUCGUUGAGGAUCCAUCUGGACUGAA